GCAGUUCCACUCAUCCAGUACAAGCCUUUGGGGAUGCAUCUUUUCCCAAAAGAAGACGCUUGUGGGAGGUCAAUCCGAUACUCAAAUCUAGCAUCUUUAAAGGGAGUGAGUAAUCCAUCCAUCCAUUUUCUUAGCCGCUUAUCCUCACGAGAGUUACGUGAGUGCUGGAGCCUAUCCCAGGUGUCAACAGGCAGGAGGCGGGGUGCACCCUGAACUGGUUUGUCAUGAGCAAGAGGGGGUGUGACCAGGCCACUGCUCUGGGCGGUGUCACCUCUGACACCUGUCACUGGCCACAGCUGUUUCGCAUUAGGCAUUGUAAUUAGACUGAGUAUUUAGUUGGAGUUUUUGGCACUGUCAUUUUGCAGUUUGCUGCCUUGUGUCAGUGUGUUGCAUUCACUGCCAGUUGGAUUCGCCACCACUGAGUCUGCUCACGUGUCUGAGGUUUUGGUUAUCCAGCUGGCAAAUUGAGGAUUACCACGCGCUCACUUGUGCGGUGCGCAGAGUCUAUAAAAGCUCCUGAUGCCCAAGGCCCGAGCUCAGUAUUGACGCACGAUCCCAACCGGGACCAUCGGGGGCCGACCAAACAGAAGGAGAAAGAGCAGCCGAUCGGGGUUUGAUUCUUCCCUUCCAGCCCUUGUGUGACUUUGAAAGCAUGUCGCUGGUGAGUUCCAUGUCAUUCCCCAAGCCCCUUUCCAUGCGCUCUCCAAUGGCGCAGGGACGUCGCCACACGCUGCCGGCCAGUGAGUUCCGCUCCCUCAGUCCGGAGGAUGCCAUCAGCGUCUUUGAGAUCGAGAGAGAAGCGUUCAUCUCCGUGUCCGGUGAGUGUCCUCUCCUGCUGGACGAGGUGCGUCACUUCCUCACGUUGUGUCCCGAGCUGUCACUGGGCUGGUUCGAGGAGGGACGUCUGGUGGCUUUCAUUAUUGGCUCACUGUGGGACCGAGAGAGACUUGCCAUGGAUGCCCUGACCCUCCACAAGCCGCACGGCAUGACAGUCCACAUCCACGUCCUGGCUGUCCAUCGCACCUUCCGCCAACAGGGCAAAGGGUCAAUCCUGAUGUGGCGCUACCUGCAGUACCUCCGAUGUUUGCCAUAUGUCCGGCGGGCCGUGCUCAUGUGUGAGAACUUCCUGGUUCCCUUUUAUCAGAAGUCUGGCUUCAAAGUGCAGGGUCCCAGCGAGAUCACAGUGGGGCCGCUGACCUUCAUUGAAAUGUUGUACCCGGUCAGGGGCCAUGCCUUCAUGCGUCGCAACAGUGGAUAUUGA